UUAUACGAGAAUGCUGUAGUGAAUGUUGUAAUAAUUUGCGUUGGCUAAUUUUGUUUAUAUUAGUUGCAAUAGUUGUAGCAGUUCAUAUCGGAUAUGUUGUGGUAUAUGUGUUUCUAGAAGAUCAACCAGAACAUACACCUUCAUCAGAAAAGUGCCGAUCAGGUGAUUGUCAGUUUUGUGAGAAACUUCAGGACAUUGCAGGAAUCUCUAAUGGAAGUGUUGACGCCAAUGGAGUUCACUACCCUCCUGGAACAGUCUGGAUGCACGAAAAUGGUAAUUACGAAGGAUGUCCUUGCAGUUUCAAAACUUGUGUCAGGAAAUGCUGUCCCCGUGGUCAAAAAUUGAUAUCGGAACAGGAAUUAGUCUGCGUUAAUGACACAUUGGAAACAUUUUCUAGAAACUUGAACGAAACUGUCUUUUUCAAAAUCGGUAAAGGUCAAACUUUGGAAGACCUUCACCAGAAGACGAUGACUAAUGAAGAUUUUUUCAUCUCUAGUGAUUUUGGCUGCAAUGAACCUGGACCUUACGGACAUGGAUCUAGAUUUGUACCUAUGGAUGAGAGGACGUAUUUAAUCUCAGAUGGAACUAUUCUGACUGAAUCUCUAGUUUAUAUUGACCUGCCUGGUUACUGUCUAGAAUCUCUAAUAGAGAGUGAUGAAAUUAUUACUGUAAGAUGUGUUCAGAAUACUUUAGUCCAAUAUUCUCUGCAAGACUCACCUUUAACAGCUAUGUUCCUGCUUCUCUUAAUGUUCAUAAGUGUGUUAGCUCUCUUUGUAACAAUUUACAUUUAUGCAGUUCUACCUCAGUUACAAAAUAUCAAUGGUAAACUUUUGAUGUGCCAUAUGGCCUCUUUGGCAAUCUACUUUCUCAGUAUAGUUGUUGCUGAAAUUUGUCCCGAUCUCGGUCAGUUUUGCCUUCAGACCUUCCUCAUUGGUCGUACAACUUGGUUGACAGCAACUUGCUUCGAGCUGUGGCUAGUGUUCAGUCGCCCAUUGCAACACCGCAAACCUCGUCAACAUUUUGAGUGGAAUAAGUUCAUCUACUAUUCUCUCUUCGGGUGGGGAAUCCCAUUGCUCUCUGGAGUUCUGUCUGCUGCCAUUGGAGUCGUACCCUCCCGUUCCGAUUCUUGCCCCAAACCGAGAUUCCAAGAUGACCCUUGUCUGUUCAGUAUUAAGAAUGCGACCUUGAUGUUCUCAACUUUUCCUGUUUACCUCUUGGUUUCCUUGAAUUCCAUAAUGUUCUUUUUCACACUCUUUAAUCUGAAGAAUCACUUUGCCUCCAGAGAACAUCUUUCCACCAACAAAACAGCAGAGAAUUCCCGUGAAAGGUUUUGGCUCUACGUGAAACUCUCGCUGCUCAUGGGCGUGAACUGGGUUCUUAUGGAGAUUUUCUACACGGAAAGCCUUCAGAUCCUUGCGAUACCUGCGUUCUUCUACCUCGUAACAGUUUACCUCUUUUCCCAGGGGAUCAUUGAGUUCAUACUGUUAAUAGUGUGUAACAAACGAAUAUUGAACCUUGUGUGUGAAAAGUGGUGUAUUCAAAGUGUCAAUUUGGAAGCAUUGUUGGCGAAUUCAGGAAGUCAACCGACCCCAGCUACCAGCUCAACUGAAACUCCGCUCUGAAACUCUCUCUUCAGUGAUUUUAUUACACCUGACAUUUAGAAAAUAUGAAUUAACACUAAACCUCUAGGUAGGAAGAA